AUGGCAGCUUGGCGAAGCGACGUCGCCGAGAGGAUCUCCGCCUUCGAAUUCGCAACUCGCGCGUGCGAUAUCGUCUUCGGGGGCGCGUUUCCUUUGCCACGAGUACCGCGACCAUCAAUUCGGGAUAGGGAGAACCCAAUGGAGCGCUACAACGACGGGCAGUUCCUGGCGCGGUACCGCUUUACGAAGGGAACCGUGCGAGAGCUGCUCGGGAUGCUGCCGCUACAAACGAGCACCGACUGCAGGGGCCUUCCGCUGACCCCCAUGCUGCAACUGCCGGUCACGCUGCGGUUUUAUGGUGCCGGGACCUUCCAGGUUGUGACUGGGGACCUCGUGAACGUGUCCCAACCAACAGUGUGCCGUGCGGUAGGAGUAGUUACGCAGCUGAUCGCGAGACACCUGUUCCGGGACCUCGUUCACUUCCCCAGCGCCGCCCAAAUCAACACGGUGAUGCUCGAUUUCUUCGCACUUGCAAAAUUCCCCGGCGUCACCGGGUGUACCGACUGCACCCACGUGCGAAUCAAGAGCCCCGGCGGCGACGACGCGGAGGUGUUCCGCAACCGCAAGGGUGUUUUCUCAAUCAUUGUCCAGGUAACGAGUACAGACAACGCUUGCGGCGAUCGCGAGUUGUUAUUCAUUGGAGUAUGCGCUCAUGUUCGACUGCAGGAAAUUUGGAAAUUCUGCCCCAAACAUUGUAGUCAAAGCCCUCUCGCUGUCACCGGCCCCCAGCUGCAAUUUUACGAUGUGGUUGUGAGCUGGUCCGGGUCGGUGCACGACAGCCGGAUAUUUGACAACUCCCGUGUGCGGGUGCUGUACGAAGAACGCCGGGUACCAGGGGUGCUGCUCUGCCACCUUCAUUUGGUGCUUUGCCACCUUUCAUCUGCUGCUCCUCCUCAAGGAGCUUGA